UCUAUGCUCCAAAUGAUCUGAUUUGAUUAGAUUGAUUAGGAUCAGAUUUUUUUAUUCUUUCCGGGAAUUUAGAAGAUCCUAAACUUUUCUCUCUUGAUAACAAAACAUCACUUUUUUGGAGAUGCUGUGGUUUCUCCAUUUUCGGCUUCUCUUGGGUGCUGUUCUGACUGUGACAGCUUAUCACCCACCAGCAAACCAAUAUAGCCUCUACUCUGGACCCCAACCACAGUACAGCUCACAGAAACCGGCUGCCAGGCAUAAGAACCACUGUGCAUUUGUUGUGGAGAAGAAAGUUUCUUUUACUAUUCAGGAUGGAGCCGCCCCCUUCAUGAAAGCAGAAUACAACAAGUGUGCCUGGGGCCAGAAAUGCCCAGCUCUUAAGUAUCGCAUGAUGUAUAAACCCAUGUAUAAAGUGGCAUAUAAGACUGUAACUGAGCUUGAGUGGAAAUGCUGUCCUGGAUAUGCAGGUGUUGGCUGUACUGCAGCAUAUGGAAUGAAAGCAAGGCCUCCUUUCAAAGGACAGAUGUCUGGACAAAAGGGUCCUAUGCCUUCUUUUAGAAGGCCUAAUCCUGCUCAGAAGGGUCCCAUGACUUCUUUUAAGGGAUCCAUGCCUGCACAGAAAGGUCCUAUGCCUCCUUUUAAAGGGCCUAUGCCUGCGCAAAAGGGUCCUAUGCCUUCUUUUAAGGGGCCUAUGCCUUCGCAGAAGGGUCCUAUGCCUCCCUUUAAAGGCCCUAUGCCUGCUCAGAAGGGACCUAUGCCAUCUUUUAAAGGUCCUUAUCCCUCUCAAAAAGGUCCAAUGCCUUCCUUUAAAGGCCAAGUUAACCCCUGGUAUCAACCUCAAGUACCUGCUAAUAGCAUGAAUGGAUUCCCUGGUGCUAAUGCUGGGCCCACUUUCCGAGCCAACUCAUUUGAACCUUAUCCAGACCAGCCUGAAGUAGACCAACCUGAAUCCAUGCCAGUACCUCAAGAUCCUGACCAUGAUCUAAUCCCAGAAGAGCAUGUGCCAAUCACAGACUUCCAGGAUCCUCCACCAGAUCACCAAAGUACUGCAGUAGAACAGAGUGAGACAGAGCCUGUUUCCAAUGCACAGGUGCCCUCUGGUGGCAGUGAAACAAAUCGAGAUCAUGUUGACAACAGUGUUGAUGUCGAGCGGUUGGACAGGUUAGAGGAGGAUAUGCGGAGACUUUCUCUUGGUCUUGAGACUCUCCGUGGUACAGUGACAGGCCUGGAGGACAGCUUACGUGCAUCCCUCCGUGAAGACGCAAACCGGAUGUUAACCGCACUCAUUUCUGCAGCACCCAGCCCCAUUGCUGCUCCAUCCUUCUCCAGGGACUCAUCCGUGGGCUUUGGAGAUUUGCCCGGAGGUGCUCCUGAAAUUGAAGGUUCAGACGUGAUGGGUCACUUUCCAAACCUGGCCGAUUUGGCUGAAAAAUUGUCUGAGUUACGAGCAGAGCUAGUAGAAAAGACAUCCGAGCUGGCAGAGUUGAGAGGAGCAGUCUUGAGUCACAACACCACUCUUCAUAGACUGUCAGAUGGGUCAGUGAAUCUUACUGAGACUGGCUUUCAAAAAGCCUUGGAGACGCUGGUGGAGUCAAAAAUGAGUGAAGCUCAGCUGGCCAUCCUAGAUGGUUUUGAAAAGCGUGUGGAAAGUGCUGAAGAGCGAUGCAAGGGUCAAGUGGCAGAGUUGCGGCUGCAGUGCAAAGAAGAAUUUUUGGAUGGAAAGGGUCAGAUCGAGCAAGUCCUAGACAUAAGAGCUGCAGGAUUGAGGGCAGAACUUCAAAAACUUCAGGCCCAGUUAGAAGAACUGGAGCCUGAAGAGGGUUGCUGCUUUGCAAUGUCAGGUCUAACUGAAAGGGUACAUUAUUUGGAGCAGUCAGUGGGUGGCAUAAAUGAGUCCCAAGUACACCUUCGUGCUGAACUUGGUGGACACAAGGACCAUAUCGAUGGCAUGCUGGAGGGCCGACUAAGCUAUGUGGAAGCAAAACUAAACAUUGAAACAUUGAAUCAAGAGGACGUGAAUGUAACCAAAAGAGAGAUUAGCAUCCUGGAAACACAAAUGGAGGAAAAGCUUAGAGCUCUUGAAAUUCGUCUCUUGGCGGCAGUGGAGGAGCUGGGCAACCUCACAGCACCAAUUUUACUUGAGGGUCAGGCUGUGCCCACUCUGGAGACAGAAGUUGAAUCGCUCAAAAAAAGACUGGAUGAGGACUUAAGUCAUGUUCAGAAACAACUCAAGUCUAUAGAGGUCAUUUGUACUAGAUCUUGUGUUCCACAGCCUGUUCUCACUGGCUAUGCAGCUCCUUUGCAAACUGAGGAGGAGAGAAGUGAAGAGAACCACAAGGACCUGAAUGAGAAAUUUGAUUUACAAGCAGAGAGACUGAACCAUCUCAACACCACUCUGUUCAAUCUUCUUGCCCAGUUGACAAAGAAACAGGAGGAGCCAAGUCUUAUGGGUGAGGUGACUCUGCUCAAAGUGAGUGUCAACUCUGUUAACCGAUCUCUCUGUGGAUUACAAGAGUCACUUGGUUCUGUGAUGAAAGAGGUGGGCCACACCAACCUGACAUGGCAGGAGAGAGAGGGGAGACUUGCGCAGCAGGUGAAAGGUAUGGUUCAGCUGGUUGGACGGCAGGCAUCUAUGCUAGGUACAGGGGAGCGAAAAUUGACCCGCCUGAAAGGGGAACUCCAGGACCUACGGCGCAGAGUGACUGGCGAACUCCAGGGUUGCCGCUCCACUGCCCUAGGUGUACAGAAAGAGGUAACCGAAGUUGGAGGCCGCGUUGCCCGUGUGGAGGGUCAGUGUGGUGGCCUUGCUCACUUGGCUGAUGACCUGGAGAGAAUUCGAGGAGAGCUGGAUAGACACACUGAUGGCUAUCUGUUUCAAGUCAAUAGCACACUUGUUAGCCAUUCUCAACAACUGUCUGAGCUCAGAGAGAGCCUUCAAAACUGCACUGGAACAUCUGGGCUUACCAGGAUUGCAGCGGACAAAUUGUUAGCUACAACACAACAGGAGGAACAACUCAAAACAGAACCAAGCCAACCGAGAGGAGACCAGUUCGCAGUUCCCACACAGCACAGAGGUGAUUGAUAAAUCAAGCAAACUACAGUUUAUAAUGUGAAGAGUGCUCUGUUGUUUAGACCAACAUAUAGUAGAUAGUUUUUUUUUUUUCAUUUAAGACAUGUACUAUUAUAUAGUAUCAGUCUUUCUCAGGAGACUUGUCUGUUCUACCAACAUAUGUUGUAUGUUCAAUGUUUAAUUUUAACCUUUAUUACUCUGUGGUGGUGGUUAUGUUUUGUAUUUUUUAAGUUGUCUUUUAUAU